UUCUGUGCCUAUGGUUUCUGUCAGCAAACGGUGUGUCAUGUGAGACAAAGUCAGACACUGACGCCCAUUGACAACGCAUUGGCCGGAUUUUUUGCCGCAUUUUUCUCUUCAUUCACUUUAUGUCCGACGGAACUCAUAAAAUGCAAAUUACAGGCAUUGAGGGAAACCGGAGUCCAAACUCAUAUUGGUUCCGUUCAGUUAACGCGACAGAUAUUACGCGAUGAAGGUGUUCCCGGAAUGUUCAGAGGGCUCACCUCGACAAUGGCCCGAGAAAUGCCGGGAUAUUUUUUCUUCUUCGGUGGCUACGAGUUGGCUAAAAAUGUGUUGAGGAAUGAUCCCGAAGAACAGAACAUUGGAUUACUGAAGACAAUACUUGCGGGCGGUUUCGGUGGUAUGUGUUUGUGGUCAUCGAUAUUCCCCUUCGAUGUCGUCAAGUCUCGCAUUCAGAUCGAGUCAAGCCGUGAGAAAAUGAUGACUGUUUUGCUCAAAAUACUCCGCACCGAAGGCUUCAGAGGUUUAUACAACGGUCUGACGCCAACUCUUUUGCGGACUUUCCCCUCAACCGGUGCUCUAUUUGUUGCCUACGAGUACACGAAGGAGACCCUCACAACCGUUGUGGACAAUACACUUUAAAUAUACUUAGGUUUAGAUUUAAAUAAUUGUUAUUUGCGAG